UGUUUCUUUACUUGUAAUCUUGUAUCAUAUUUGUUUUGUGAAAGGGCUUGGUCCAAAAAGAAAACCCCAUUUGAAAUUUGAAAAAGAAAAAAGAAAGAAAGAUGUUACAGUUUCCAACAUCAAGUCGGAUGAUUCAGACGUCGUUGCUUCUUCCUUCACAGUGGCCUCAGCCUCUGAACGAAGAGCUCCUUCUUGCUGCUGAAGAAUCUGAAUUCGAAAAUAAGAAUAACGACAUCAGGAAUAUCAGUAACAACAUUAUUGUGUUAGGAAAAACAACAGUUGAGAAUGACCGAGAAGAUAUCGACAAUGAUGCAGAGGAUGAUGAUGCUGACAAUGCAGAAGAGACUGAAGGGGACGAGUUUGAACAGGAAACUGGUUAAGUCCCAUAUGGUUCUUUGUGCUGCAAAUAGAUAUUAAGAAUAUAUCUUUAUCGUUGUCUAUUUAGUACUAGGUGGAGCUAAUGACUUAUCAAUAAAGGAUCAUGGUCCAGUUGCAUAGUGAUUAUUAUUAUCAUUUAUGUUAAGAUUGUUUUGAUUUGGUUGAACCCAUA